AUGGCUGACGGCGGCUUCUAUUACGAAUUAUCAUCCGAUACGGAGGACGAAGGCACGGGCAAAGACACAAGCAAGGGCAAUAGGAAGCGAAGUGCAGCAUCAAUAGCAAAGGAUGCGAAUGCGAGCAAUGACAAUGCGUUUACAUUGGGCACAUUAGACUUGAACACCGAGAAUGUGACCAAUGCCAACGAGAUGGAGGCACAUCAGACCCUAAAACACGAGACGAUCCAUACUGAUGAGCAGCAGGAGCAGGAGACGGGCAAUGGCUAUGGAGAUGGUGAUGCCGAUGCCGAUGCCGAGGAAAAUGAUGGCGACGCUGGCAACACAACUGAGGACAACUCCAACUCCAGCUACAACUAUCCAUCGGAGAAUCCAGACGAUUAUCGCCGGGGUGGCUAUCAUCCCAUCGAUCCCGGAGAUUGCCUCAAGCAGCGAUACUUUGUCAUCUCCAAGCUGGGCUGGGGACAUUACUCCAUCGUUUGGCUCUGCUUCGAUACGCUGAAGCAACGCUAUUGUGCCAUCAAAAUUGUAAAGUCCGAUGAGCUGUAUGCGGACUCGGCGCGUCAUGAAAUGAUGCUGUUGCGUCACCUCAACACAUUGCGUGAUCAUCCGUUGCGGCAUCGCAUCGUUAAGCUGAUCGAUAACUUUUCCACCAGCGGCGUCAAUGGCACCCAUCAGUGUCUCGUCUUUGAGAUGCUCGGCGACAAUAUGCUGAUGCUGAUACAGCGCUCCAAUUACAAAGGUCUGCCCAUGUACAAUGUGAAGCAGAUUGCCCAACAACUGCUGCAGGGUCUGGUGCUUCUGCAUUUAAAUGGCAACAUCAUCCACACGGACAUUAAGCCGGAGAAUGUGCUGCUCAUUUCGGAUGACAUCGGACCACGCAUGCUCGCCACCCAGGCCUCCUUUGACUUUCUCCACAAGCACAGCAUGGGUUUGUCCCGUCCCUGUUCCGGACUCGGUUCCCGAUCCGGUUGCGAGGCGACGAGGGCUUCCCCCAGUCUGAGCAAGACGGCGAAACGCAAAUUGCGCAGCAAGGCCAAGACAUCGUUGAACUUCUUUAAGACGCAUCGCAAGUGGUUGCGAGAUCGCGGCAUUGCCGAUCUCCAAGUGCUCGCCGAGCAUGGCUUUUUGUGUCGCAAAUUUGCCGUGGAUGCAGUGCUUGGAUUGCUGCCCUUUAUGCCAUUCGAGGGACCGCAGAUACUCAACGAGCAUGACGUGAUGAUGUUCACCCAGCGGCUGCUCGUUAAGCAGGUGGGCGAUGCCUUCGACGAGGAUUCGCCCAAUACGAGUGAGGAGAUCGUUCAGCUGGUGGCCAUGGCCAAGCCACAAUUGGAGCAGUCGUAUGCCGCCAUGGGGCAACUGCAGCUGAAGAACUCCAAGGCCUGUAAGUUGCUCUACACCAACAUGGUAGACUUCAUGCAGCAUGUGGCCAAAAUGGUGGCCAAGCAUGAGAAGCAGCAGCUGACCGAUGACUACUAUCGGGUGCCCAAGAAGCGCAGUCGCUUUAAUUUUGCUUCGACGGCAUCGCCAACAACAUCGACGCCAUCAUCGCCCCCAUCGUCAUCGUCAUCGCCAACCUCAGUGUCGCGUUCCUCGGCCGCAUCGUGGUUCCCAACGAAUCGUGCAUAUACAAGGGGCGUCAAGAGGCCGCCGAAAUCACAAUGUGUUAUUAGUCCACGUUCCGAAACGAUGCCCAAUUUGGAUCUGAUCAAGAAACUGGACCCGGCCAAGAGUCCGUGCAAUCUGCAAAUAGCUAUUGCCGAUCUGGGCAAUUCGUGUUUCGUUAAUCGCCAUGUGAGCGAAGACAUUCAGACACGCGAGUAUCGCGCCAUUGAGGUGAUCCUUGGCGCUGGCUACGAUACGUCCGCGGAUAUGUGGAGCGCCGCCUGUUUGAUCUGGGAGAUGGCAACAGGCGAGUAUUUGUUCGAGCCGAGUAAGUGGGAUGGAAGCGCCUCGGUGGAUGAAUCGCAUGUUGCACAAAUCAUCGAAACGCUGGGUCCCAUUCCCAAAACACUGAUUCGUCAGGGCGAAUACGCCGACGAAAUCUUCGAUGAGCAUGGCGAGCUGCUUACGAUCAAGCAUUUGGUGCCGCGUCCCAUGGACAAGAUACUGGUAGAGAAAUACAAUUGGUCGUCUGUUCAAGCUAAAGAGUUUGCCGAUUUUCUGACACCCAUGCUACACGUUGAUCCGCGCCUUCGCUCAUCGGCCAUUUCGUCACUCGUUCAUCCUUGGCUUAAGUUCGACGCAUGA